UUAAAAGUCCCCGCCGCCAUUUUAACAGGCUCACAGAAAGAAGAUUGUCACAUCGCCUUGAAACGUGUAUACCCCGUUGUAUUUGCUUAGUUAGCUAGAUCGAAGGCCUUCCCAGCAGUCUUUUUGUGAUAGUUAGAUUUCUACCACAUUUUAACUAGUUGUGUGUUGUACUUAACAUUCGAUUGCUAGUUAUUUCAGAAAAAUAGCAUUCGCAAUGCCGAGCCACCCGCUGCGCGUGGCGGUUGUGUGCUCGAGCAACCAGAACCGCAGCAUGGAAGCGCACAACAUCCUCAGCAAGCGAGGCUUUGACGUUCGCUCUUUUGGGACAGGGUCCCAUGUGAAGCUACCUGGUCCCGCACCGGACAAGCCCAAUGUGUACGACUUCAAAACCACUUAUGAACAGAUGUACAACGACCUGGUCCGCAAGGACAAGGAGCUAUACACACAGAAUGGAAUCCUGCACAUGCUGGACCGCAACAAGCGGAUCAAGUCCCGACCGGAACGCUUCCAGAGCUGUAAGGACCAGUUUGACCUGGUCAUCACCUGUGAGGAGAGGGUCUACGACCAAGUGCUAGAGGACCUGAGCUCUCGGGAGCAGGAGACUUUCACGCCGGUUCAUGUCAUCAACGUGGACAUCCAGGACAACCACGAGGAGGCCACACUGGGGGCUUUCCUCAUCUGUGAGCUGUGUCAGUGUAUCCAGCACACGGAUGAUAUGGAAAACGAGAUGGACGAGCUGCUGCAGGAGUUUGAGGACAAGAGCAACAGACCUUUCCUCCACACUGUCUGCUUCUACUGAUGCCCAUGCUACCAAAUCUGCAAUAUCAUACGCCCCCUGACCAAACAUGCACGUUUAUACACAAACUCAUGCACACUUCCAUAUACACUUACUGAUUACCUUUCACACACACACCCUCUGCUGUUGGUCAGGGCUGAGGGGACAGGGAUGAAUGCUCUCUGCGCUCAAGUAGGCAGGCUCAUCCCUCCUGCUCUGCCUUUCCUCCUCAGGGCCAAGGUGGGCCCAAGGUCCUCCCCCAUCCUACAGUGAAACCACUGACCCGCCUUCCCAGAAAGAGAAAUGCCCCUUUUGUCAAACACGUCCUCCUCUACCUCUAAAGGAGGAUGCUUUUCUAAGUCUUGCACAGUGAUGCUGAUUGCUGAGCAACAAUUAAUUUAAUUCAUUUUUAAGAAUGAUGAAUAGAUAUUGUUUUUAUGAAGUAUGAUUUGUCACAUUUACUCUUGAUGGUGGAGAGUAGUAUUGUUGACACGGAUGGGAUAGAGUGGAGACUGGUUAGGCAUGAAUGUGUUUCAGUGUGUGAGUGAGUGUAUACCAGUAGUUAAUUAGGAAUUCAUCAAAAUAGGGGGAUAAUGAACCAAAUAGAGACCACGAGGUUCUCUUGCCCUCGUUUCCAUUAUGUUUUGAUUCAUGUUUAAAAACUCAGAAGAUCUGCUACCUUUCAGGGUGUAAUAUUUUUUUUCUUUUGAAAACUGAAAAGAAUGAAAAUAUUGUAAUUAUUUGCAAGCUGAGAGUUCAGUCCAGAGUGCCUGAAUAUUUCUGUAUGUACAUAUGAAUCCAUUAAAUGAAUAAACAUCUCUAGAAAAACUU